AUGGGCCUGUGCUCGUGCUGCUGCCGGUGCCUGGAGCUGCUGUGCUCGGUCCUCCUCCCGCCCCUCGGUGUCUGCCUCCGCCACGGCUGCUUCUCCUUGGAGUUCUGGAUCAGCGUGGUGCUCACCAUCCUCGGCUACCUCCCCGGCGUCCUCUACGCCGUCUACGUCAUCUGCUCCGUCGACCCCCACCGCCACCGCGACCCCGACGACGACGACUACGUCUACGUCGCCUGA